AUGACUCUAUCAGUGAAACGACCCAUCUCCGAACUGGCCUCGCUUCCGGAAUCAAUACCGAUUGUCCCGCAGAUUCCCACGCAUCGACUGUACAAACGCAUACGGAGCAAAGCAUGCAAAUCCACCGGUACCUAUGGAUCGAUCCUUGCAUACGUGAACCUACUGGAAGAUGCUUCCAGCAAUGAGGCUCUCCAGAUACUGCUUAAAAUUACCGAUUCGAUGCACUUUGAUGAAAGCGAGUUCCCGGACGCAAUUCGCAAGCUGGUCGAACACUUCCAGCGUGAACCGGAAUCCGCCGUGCGGGUGAAAAUUCUCUCCCUGUUUGCCGAUCUGGCUAUCGAAACCAGUGUCGAUGGACAGCAGCUGAUCGAUGAGGUAAUUAAGCUGCUGAAAGCGGAAAAAUCGGCCAAAGUCAUCUCGCAGGGUUUGAUCGUGCUGGAAAAGAUUGGCAAAUCCUUCACACCAUCCGUAGCGUACAUCAACCAGAUGGUGUUCUUUGCCAAGGUGAAACUAUUCUCGCCUAGUCACAACGUGCAGCGCCAUGCCAUCCUGCUGUUAGGUGUGUUUGUACUGAUUUCGGACGCAGAAAAGGAAAGUCUUGAGCUGAUCGGAAAGUACACGGAUUCGCCGGAUGCACGUGUACGAGCACAAGCGUUCCGGUCGAUGCUGACGCUGGGCGAACGUGGUGUGCAGUUGCCACCGUCGUUGUAUCCGCGUGCUUGUGCUUCACUUACGGACGAUUAUGAGUGUGUGAGGAGAGAAGCGUUGAACAUGGUUUACGAGCUGGGAGUACGACAUCCGGAAGAAAUGAUAAAAGUUCAAGACUCGGAACAGGAAGUUCGGUUGAUCGAUGACGCAUUCGGCAAGGUUUGUUCCGCGAUUUGUGAUCUCUCGAUGAACAUACGCACACUGGCGGCCGAACUGCUCGGUGGCAUGACGAUGGUGAGCGAUGAAUUCCUUCACCAAACGCUGGACAAGAAGCUGAUGAGCAACAUGCGCAAGAAGAGAAGCCUGCACGAACGGAGUGCGGCCCACUUUGCGAGCGGAGAGUGGUCCAGUGGCAAGAAGUGGGCCGACGAUGCACCGAAGGAAGUCAUCAGUGCAGACUCGGUGUCCUUAAUGGCUUCGGGAGCGUGCGGUGCGCUGGUGCAAGGGCUGGAAGAUGAAUUUCUCGAAGUUCGCACAGCGUCAGUCAAUUCUAUGUGCAAAUUAGCACUGAAAAAUCCGCUGUUUGCGGUCACAUCGCUCGACUUUCUGGUGGACAUGUUUAACGAUGAAAUCGAAGAGGUACGCCUGCGCGCGAUCUACAGCUUGACAGCAAUCUCCAGACACAUCAUAUUGCGUGAGGAUCAGCUCGAAACGAUGCUCAACUCGUUGGAGGACUAUUCGGUGGAAGUUCGCGAAGGAUUGCAUCUGAUGUUGGGCGCGUGCAAAGUGUCCACCAAAAAUUGCCUUACGCUUGUCGUUAAGAAGGUAUUGGACGUGCUGACCCUGUAUCCGAAUGAUCGGCUUUCCACGUACGGUUGCAUGCAGCGCAUAGGACAGAAGCAUCCGGAACACUGCAUGUCCGUCACACCCAUAAUGUUGAUGGACCAUCCUUUCUUCGAGAGCCCCGAGCGGGAUGUAGAAGAACCGGCGUACGUGUGUGUGUUGAUUAUGCUGUUCAACGCAGCGCAACAUCUGCCAGCCAUGUUGAGCUUGUUCCCGGAAACGAUACUCAAACAUUACGCCUAUCUGCGUGACACGAUGCCGCAUUUUGUACCACGGCUAGCUGUCGGAUGUGAUACCAAGGAGCUUAAUCUGGUCGGCUCAACCGGGUCGAGACAGUUCCUGGAGACGCUGCUCAGCAACAUUCAGCGAGCUUAUUCCGCACCGCAAGCUAGACAGGCGCUGCUCAAAGCGGCCCAAGAUGAUUUGGACCGGUUAGCGGAAAUCGAUCCAGCUUUCUCCGGUACGGCCAAUUUCACGUCCGUCUUCUUUGGCGCUCAGCUGCAGAUGGAACAACUUCAGCUAGCUACUGCGGGCCAAUCUAUCAAGGCAACGAUCAAGGAAUGUUUGCUGCAGUUGAUCAAAAAGUGUUUAAUGUUGCAGAAUCUGUUCUCCAACCUAACUAUCGACGAUCAGCUGCUCGUGAAGCAGAUGUGUCUGCGGGCCAGCGCUCUCAAUCUGGUGCUGAUCGUCAAGGAUCGCUCGCAGAGUGCUCUUGGGCCUUGCCAAUUGUUGCUGCAUAUUGCAAGCGAUACGAGCAGUUUUCUGCAGGAAAAUACGAUGCUCGUUGCGGACACGUUUUCUAGCGCGAUCCUCUCCAAGUUGGCCUCGGUGGGGGAUCCAAAACCGGGGCGCGUUUAUCGUGAAAUUCUACCGAUAGUUCAAACCGCUGCUCCUGUGGUUAUUCCACAAAUCAACACAAAUAUAAAAAUGUGUAAAGCACGAAUUCUUGAACCGACCGAUAACUUGCAUAGCUCUGACAACGUCAUCAAGGUAACGGCUGGCCUUAUAGCUGCUGUGCCGUUUGUGGCGGAAUUGGAGAAUCUCCAGCAAAGCCAAAGACAAGACUUAAGGCUCAAAGUAAAAUAUCCGGAUCAAAAUGUGCACAUUGUCGUGCCGCGGAAACGUGACUUGAAAAAGGUUAUGACGGAACAGGGCGAGAGUGAAUCGCAAUGGCGAUUGCGAACCAUGGUUCUUCUUUCUCACGGCGUUUGGACAGAGGCGUCAACUGUUGAGAUAACGAUUUGCCUAUCGGUUAAACCUAACAAUGAGCUGGAACUAUGCAAGCCGGUAAGGGUCCAUUUUGCACCGAAACCGGUCAAACGAGGAUUGUAA